AUGAAUACAGAGAGUGAAACCAUAGAAAGUAAAAGUUGGGUAGACAUAUUGCGAGAGAAAGCAUCAGAAGAUUUAGGACAACUAGGCACACCAAGAUAUCACAGGCCCACUUUAACGGAAUCAUUGCAAUUCAUAUUGCAAGUGUUGGAUCAAGGGACUGCUCUCCUUAAUAGUCGAUCAAUAACAAAGUUGUCUAACACAUUUGAGGUAAUAAAUUCGUCUUCAGAUUAUGAAAUCUAUUCAAGCUACAACGAACUCAAAACAAACACAUCACUAAUUACAGUCCUACUUUACUUGAAUUAUUUGCUUAGUCGUAAUGUGAGUUCUUACUACAUUGAUUCCUUACCAAACCCUAUAAGCUCACGAUUUAAGGUGUUUGAAUUACCCCCGUUGUCCAAACCAGAAGAGUUCGUCACCACCCCAUUAGACUUGUUGGACGAAAGUCAAAAACCAGAAAAUUUGUACAGGCUACAAUUGAAAGUAUUAGAGCUCAUAGAUCAGUAUGUGGCAAGGGAGUGUCAAAAUCUCAAUAUUGGAAGUGGUCCAACACAAACGAAGUUGAUCCUCUCGUUCUAUGAAUUAUUGCUUGCAAGUAUUCUUUCCACUCGUAUCUGCUGUAAGAACUACAGCCAAGCCAAAAAGUCUUGUAUUGAACAACAGACAAGUGCAAUCCUCAACACAGCUCUUAAUUUGCAAUACAACGCGGUCAAUACUUCAAGACUCUGGGUGUGUUUAAUCAACUAUGCCAAUGACAUUUGUUACAGUGAUCUCAGGUAUAUAAAUAACUUUGUUGAACUUUUUGAAAGCUUGUUGCAUCAGAAUGGAAAAGUUUUGAAAGAUGAUCUUGUUCUGAGUGGGUUACAAUUUUUUGUGGACACGUUUAAGCCAGACCAUGCAUGGUUUGAAAUAGUUGUUGAUUCUGUCGCUGAUUGUACUAUAGAGUCUUCUAAGUUUAAGUAUUUGUACAGUGUGUAA